CUUCCCUCAGAGAGACACACACACCAGAGCUUUCUCAUCUCCAAGAAGAAGACUCUACUUCUAGCUCCCAAUUCCAGCUGACCCUCCUCCAGCUGCCACUCUCGCCCAAUUCGAUCCAUUUCUAGCUAGGACUGAGGUCGAUUUUGUUGUUGAUUUGAGAACACAAACACAUAGCCAUGGCUGCGGGCAAGAAGCUUGUGUCGCCGAUGGAGGUGUCAGUGGAGGCCGGGAACGCGGACCAGGCAUCCUGGCUGGACGACGACGGGCGCCCACGCCGCUCCGGCACGUUCUGGACGGCCAGCGCGCACAUCAUCACGGCCGUCAUCGGCUCCGGCGUGCUCUCCCUGGCGUGGGCCAUCGCGCAGCUGGGCUGGGUCGCCGGCCCAGCAGUGAUGCUCCUCUUCGCGGCCGUGAUCUACUACACCUCGACGCUCCUGGCCGAGUGCUACCGCACGGGCGACCCGGCCACGGGCAAGCGCAACUACACCUACAUGGACGCCGUCAGGGCCAACCUCGGCGGCGGCAGGGUCGUCUUCUGCGGCGUCAUCCAGUACGCCAAUCUCGUCGGCGUCGCCAUCGGCUACACCAUCGCGUCCUCCAUCAGCAUGAGGGCGAUUAGGAGGGCUGGCUGCUUCCAUGCCAACGGCCAUGGCGUCCCCUGCAAGAGCUCCAGCAACCCUUACAUGAUCCUCUUCGGCCUCGUGCAGAUCGUGUUCUCGCAGAUCCCCGAUUUCGACCAGAUUUGGUGGCUGUCGAUCGUGGCUGCUGUCAUGUCCUUCACCUACUCCGGCAUUGGGCUCUCCCUCGGCAUCGCCCAGACCAUCUCGAAUGGAGGGAUCAAGGGGAGCCUGACGGGGAUCAGCAUCGGCGUGGGCGGCAUCACGGGGAUGCAGAAGGUGUGGCGCAGCCUGCAGGCGUUCGGGGACAUCGCCUUCGCAUACUCCUUCUCCAACAUCCUGAUCGAGAUCCAGGACACGAUCCGGGCGCCGCCGCCGUCGGAGGCCAAGGUGAUGAAGAGCGCGACGCGGCUGAGCGUGGCGACGACCACCGUCUUCUACAUGCUGUGCGGCUGCAUGGGGUACGCGGCCUUCGGCGACGCGGCGCCGGACAACCUGCUGACGGGGUUCGGCUUCUUCGAGCCCUUCUGGCUCCUCGACGUCGCCAACGUGGCCAUCGUGGUGCACCUCGUGGGGGCCUACCAGGUCUUCUGCCAGCCCAUCUUCGCCUUCGUCGAGCGAUGGGCCGCCGCCACAUGGCCCGACAGCGCGCUCUUCGCCUCCGCGCGGGCCGAGUUCCGCGUCGGCCCGUUCGCGCUCAGCGUCUUCCGCCUCGUCUGGCGCUCCGCCUUCGUCUGCCUCACAACAGUCUUCGCCAUGCUGCUCCCCUUCUUCGGCAACGUCGUCGGCUUCCUCGGCGCCGUCUCCUUCUGGCCGCUCACCGUCUACUUCCCCGUCGAGAUGUACAUCAAGCAGCGCGCCGUGCCGCGAGGAGGCACCCAGUGGCUCUGCCUCAAGAUGCUCAGCGUCGGGUGCCUCAUCGUGUCCGUCGCCGCCGCCGCAGGCUCCAUUGCUGACGUCAUCGAGGCUCUCAAGGUGUACCGGCCCUUCAGCGGCUGAUUUGGGAAGGAGAUGUUUGUACUUAGGUCCUUAUAGAACGUUUUUAUUACAGUUUAAAGGGUUAGGCGCCCCACCAAUUGGUGGCCAUCUUUGUUGGAUUCCUCCGAAGACGAGGGGUGUAAACAAGAACGGCAGGAGGUGCUGUCUGUAUUGUGGACUCAAAGCGUAGGGUGCCUUAUGCAAAAUGGUAGUUUUCGUCAAGGGUCGUGUCACCUGUAAUUUGCGUUCUGCAACCUGUUUUACCGGAGAAAGUUCAGAUAGUAUAUAUGAAGAGAAUAUGGAACA